CGUUCACUUCGAAUUGAAAAUAUGAAAUUCAUUAUCGUUGUUUUGGCCGCUUUAGCUUUGGCAGCUCCCGCCUUGGCUACAACCUAUAACCGUUGUUCUUUGGCCAAAGCCAUGUACAAUUUGGGUGUACCCAAGGAUCAAUUGGCCCGUUGGACUUGCAUUGCUGAACACGAAUCUUCGUACCGUACUGGUGCAGUGGGUGCCACCAACUCUAACGGAUCCAAUGACUAUGGCAUUUUCCAAAUCAACAAUUACUACUGGUGUCAACCUUCCAAUGGACGUUUCUCCUACAACGAAUGCAAAGUAAGCUGUGAUGCUUUGUUGUCGGAUGACAUUAGUGCUUCGGUGACCUGUGCCCGCAAGGUGUUAAGCCAACAGGGUUGGACAGCUUGGUCCACCUGGAAAUACUGUGACGGCAGCUUGCCCAGCAUUGACAGCUGUUUCUAAAUUGUUUAAUUUGAAAAAAAAAACCAUAAAUUGAUUAAUAAAGUUUGUAAAAAAUACUUAAAA